CAUCAUCAUCAUCCUCGCGUGAGGGAGGAGACAGGAGGCGAGACUCAGACCUGUCUGUCGCUCUCGGGCCUGUGGACCAGCAUCCCUCUCUCCCCCCCUCUCUCUCUCUCUCUCUCUCUCUCUCUCUCCAUGCAGCAGUGUGUCGGAUUGAACUACGCUCUCCAUGACUGAGACAUGCUCGCCUUCGCUUUAGUCGCUGGAUCUGUGUGGGUUGUUCUAGAGCUCAGCUCCACUCUGAUGGAGAAGAUGCAAUCUCGGGAUCUUCUGCUGGGUCUUCAUCUGCCGGAGCUGGAGGAUCUGGGUGAGUUUAUCCGUUCUCUGCCCACCUCGACUCUGCUGGGUCUGGGUGCGCUCACUGCGGUUCUGGCCUACUGGAUCUCCCAUCGCCCGCGAGCCAUCGUCCCACCCUGCGACCUGCGGCAUCAGUCCAGAGAAGAGCAGAUGGGAGACGGCGCUCGACGGUCCAUGAUGGGCAGCGGCUCCGAGCUUCUCUCCUACUACCAUGAGGACGCCAAGACCCUGUACGAGGUGUUCCAGCGAGGCCUUCACAUCACGGGUGAUGGACCGUUUUUAGGCUCCAGACUCCCCAAUCAACCCUACAAAUGGCUGUCCUAUAAAGAAGUGUUCCGCAGGGCAGAAGACUUGGGCUCGGGUCUGUUGUCUCAGGGAUGUCAGCCCAAUACGGCUCAGUUCAUCGGGGUAUUCGCACAGAACAGGCCUGAGUGGAUCAUCUCUGAGCUGGCGUGCUACUCGUACUCUAUGGUGGUGGUGCCGCUUUACGACACACUCGGACCCGACGCCAUCCGCUACAUCAUCAACACGGCUGAAAUCGCCACAGUAAUCUGUGAUAAACCAGAGAAAGCCACAGUGCUUCUGGGAAAUGUCCAGAGAAGAGAGACGCCCGGUCUGAAGAUGAUCAUCCUCAUGGAUGCGUUUGAAGCUCAGCUGGUGGAAGAAGGACAGAAGUGUGGCGUUCACAUCCAGGCGCUGAAAGAUGUGGAGGCUCUGGGUCGAGAUCACUACAGGAAACCAGUGCCGCCGGCACCAGAUGACCUGUCCAUCGUCUGCUUCACCAGUGGAACCACAGGAGAUCCGAAGGGAGUGAUGCUGACCCACGGCAACGUUGUCGCAGACUUUGCUGGCUUUCUGAAAGUGACAGAUAAAGUCAUCUUUCCGAAUCAAGACGACGUUCUCAUUUCCUUCCUGCCUCUUGCUCACAUGUUCGAGAGGUUGAUUGAGUCCGUGGUGAUCUGCCAUGGCGGGAGGAUUGGCUUUUUCCAAGGCGAUAUCCGACUUCUUCCUGACGACAUGAAGGCUCUCAGACCCACGAUAUUUCCCGUGGUGCCGCGUCUCCUGAACCGCAUGUAUGACAAGAUCUUCAGUCAGGCCAACAACUCCGUCAAGCGCUGGCUGCUGAACUUCGCGGCCAAGAGAAAAGGUUCGGAGGUGAGCCGCGGCGUCAUCCGCUGCGACAGCGUCUGGGACAAGAUCUUCUUCCACAAGAUCCAGGCCAGUCUGGGUGGCAGGCUGAGGAUGAUCAUCACUGGAGCAGCUCCGGCGUCCCCGUCCGUCCUGGGCUUCCUGAGAGCAGUGUUGGGCUGUCAGGUGUACGAGGCAUACGGACAGACGGAGUGCACCGCUGGAUGCACCUUCACCACACCUGGAGACUGGACGUCCGGUCAUGUAGGAGCUCCGCUGCCCUGUAACCUCAUUAAACUGGUGGAUGUGGCUGAGAAGAACUACUUCGCUGCUAAAGGAGAGGGCGAGGUUUGUGUGAAAGGUCCAAAUGUCUUCAAGGGUUAUCUGAAGGAUCCCGUGAGGACGGCGGAGACGCUGGACACAGACGGAUGGCUUCACACCGGAGACAUCGGGAAAUGGCUGCCGAACGGCACCCUGAAGAUCAUCGACCGGAAGAAGCACAUCUUUAAGUUAGCGCAAGGAGAAUAUAUUUCCCCAGAGAAAAUAGAAAACAUCUACAUCCGCAGUGAGCCCGUGUCUCAGCUGUACGUGCACGGAGACAGCCUGCAGUCGUGUCUGGUGGGAAUCAUCGUCCCGGAUCCCGAGGUCUUUCCCUCAUGGGCUCAGAAGAAAGGCUUUGAAGGAUGCUUCGACGAGCUGUGUGAAAAUAAAGACCUGAAGAAAGCCAUCCUGGAUGACAUGGUGCGUUUGGGAAAAGCUAGUGGCCUCCAUUCAUUCGAACAGGUUAAAGACAUCCACAUUCACAAAGAAAUGUUCUCCAUACAAAACGGAUUGCUGACCCCCACUUUAAAAGCCAAGAGACCCGAGUUGAAGGAGUAUUUCAAGAUGGAAAUCGAACAACUGUACAGCAACAUCUCCAUGUAAUAGUUCCGUCACCAAAAGAUGAGGACGUUUUAUCGACAUUGGCAUUCCUUCACUAUUUGUUCUUCCUCGCUCAAAACUAGCAGGCACUAAAUGCUCCGAAUGAGCCAUGGGCGUCAAGACCACGCAUGAGCUUACUCGCAUUAAACGAGUAAUUCCCCUUGGGCCGCUGGUGGCGAGCUGCGUCCAGAUGGAGUCGUCCUCAGAAAGCAGAAGCAGAUCCAGCUAGCAUGCAUGCUUGACUCCGAGGAGAGCAACUAGCCCAAAGUUCACCUCCAUUCAUGUUUCGUUUGUGGGUCCAAAGGGAACUCCAGUGGCACAUUCCCAGCUAAAAGCCAUGCAUGCUGUGUUCCGGCGUUCCAUGACUGACAUUCCCAGGUCCUUACGGCAUCAGAAGAC